UCUCUCUCUCUCUUUUUUUUUUUAGAUUUAUUGUAUUAUAUAUUACAAUUUUUUUAUACGCUUGCCCGCGCGUGAAUCUUAUUUGAAGUUAUAUUGUUAAACACUAAGGCUUCAUCUCUUUUUUGUAUCAAAUUGCUCAUAUUUUUUCUCAUAUUUUAUUGUUCAAUGAUUACUCAGUUUUAAUUAUUAUUAAUCAGUUGAUAAAUUUUUGAAACAAUGUUCCAGCGAAAUGCAAAACUCGGCAAAAAGAUUAACAUCAAGUUUCGAUUAUUUCACGGAAAGUAUUUCGAAUAUUUUCGAAACAACCUUUAUUUCUGUCGUACGUGAUCGUACAAUAGGACGUUCGUUUUUAUACCUUUAUUGUUUAGGGGCUGUCACAUAUACAAAGACGUAUAAUAUAUGGAUUGCGUACCUCCCGUAGUCAGAACGUUAAAAAAUAGAAGGAGAUAGCUACUGUACGAUCGUCAAUCUGUCUUUGUCUAAAGAUGCAUGGUGGUAAAGAAGCUUUCGUUGAGUGGGAAACAGAGAAGUAGAGGGGAUGAAAAGACGACGAUAGAAUGGUGAUACAAAAGCAUGCUCUCUCUGUCUAAUAUUUGACGACCCCCACUCCUUAAUAUUUAGUCUAGAUAUACUAUGUCUAUGGACAUAUAUCUCUGAUUCUGAUGAUAUUAAAUUAAAAUUUGCGAAUUUUUAUAUUUUAUUAUAAUGAUAUAUCCCUGAUACAUGACGAUAUAUUUUUCUCAAUUAAUUAGAUCAACUGCAAACCAAGUACAAUAUCACAACCGAUGAAAGUGGCAGAGGUUUAUCCGUUCUGGGCGAAUAUACCGGCAUAAUCACGCCGAUAUUUCUUCAUUAUAUGAUUGUAAUAUUUACAAUGUACUCCAAUUUUAUUGGUUCAGCCGAUUCGGAGAAAAUAUUAAGGUAAUUUAAAAUUAAAGUUAGCUAGCACAACCAUUUAAAACAUAAAAAAAUAUGUGCAGCGUGGUUCUCUAGCGCCGUCACUGAGAGAGACUUCUCGCAUCAGCUGUUAGUACUCGAGUAGUGGGGAAGUAGCGGGGUGGGGAGGAAGGAUAUGUAGUGGUAGUAGUGUAUAAGGUUCCAUUGGUUACCUUCUUUCAGUUAACGACAGUCACUGACGAUUCUUCACGAAGUAAGUGUCGUGCGACGCGCGUGGUCUUGUGUGCUUCAAGUAGUCUCGUUUGCUUCAAGAUCGUAGUGUUACGUGAUAUAGGUAUCGAGCAGUAUCGUGAAUUCUUCGCGUAUCGUUAUUCACUCGAUGUGAAGUGUCGUGUGGUUUGCAUAUAGAAAUCGCAAAUUGAUAAUAGGAAGAAAAUCCAUGAAGGAAGAAGAAAACACCGUGAAGAUGGUCGAAGAGAACAUCGUAAGAAGCGAGAAGUCCGAGGACGUUAUAAUGGACGAGGACGAAUAUCGGGCGACUUGCGAAUCUGAUUCGAGUCCGUCGAAGAAGAAGGAGAGCGGUUAUUUUGAAGAUAACCGCGAGAAGAUUGACGAUAUCAUUCAGAAGUACGCCAAUCAAUUUGGCGGCGCUAUCCUUAGUAUCGGAUGUAGUAUGAGCACCGAAAGCAAUGGGUUAAUCAUUGACGAGGAAGCGAGUCUUUUAGAUCAAGAGGAUCAAGAGGAUCAAGAGGAUCAAGAGGAUCAAGAGAAUCAAGAGCAUCAAGAGGACAGCGAGCAAGGCUGUCCCACUUCCUCUUGCUUGACUGAGCAUUCAAAUAUCUUCGCAGACGAUCUCGAUCUUGUGACGAUCGAAAUUGGCGACACUGUGGAAGAUGAUUCCGUGCAAAUCCAAUAUGAGACGGAUCCUAUCAGCAACACUGACGACGCGAACACAUACGAUAUAGUAAAUCUGGCCGAUAAUGGAAGCCAAAAAGUCGAUAUGACACACUUUGACGUUCUGGAAAACCUUGGUACUGGAGCUUAUGGCAAAGUCUUCCUGGUGCGAAAGCUGGUGGGUGUAGACGCUGGUAAACUUUACGCCAUGAAGGUGCUGAGAAAGGCUCAUAUCGUACAGAAAAAGAAAACGACAGAGCAUACGAAGACCGAGAGGCAGAUCCUGGAGGCCAUCCGGGACAUUCCCUUCUUAGUAACCCUGUACUAUGCGUUUCAGACUAAUGAAAAGCUCUGUUUAAUCUUAGAUUAUGUUGCUGGCGGCGAAAUGUUUUCGCAUCUGUAUCAUCGCGAGCGUUUUUCGGAGGACAUGGUACGGUUUUAUAUCGGCGAAAUUAUUUUGGCGCUAGAACGUCUCCAUGACCUUGGCAUAAUCUAUCGAGACAUUAAGCUCGAAAAUAUACUGUUGGAUAGAGAAGGACAUCUCGUAUUGACAGAUUUCGGUCUUAGCAAGGAGUUCCUACCGCACGAGAGAAACGGCAACGCGCGCACUUACUCAUUUUGCGGAACAAUCGAGUACAUGGCGCCGGAAGUGGUACGAGGGGGCACGGCCGGCCACGAUAUUGCUGUCGAUUGGUGGAGCGUAGGCGUGCUAACUUAUGAAUUACUGACUGGCGUGUCGCCUUUCUCGCUGGAUGGCCAAAACAACCAGCAGGAAAUUUCGAAGAGGAUACUGAGGAACGAUCCGCCAUCGAAGCCGCUUCACCUGAGUGACACUGUGUGGGAUUUCAUCACUCGUUUGCUCGUUAAAGAUCCGCGAAGGAGGCUGGGCGGUGGACCACGCGACGCCAAGGAUCUCAAAGAACAUCCCUUCUUCAUGGAUGCCGCGCCGGAUUUCACUUGGGAGGCUCUGGAAAACAAACAGAUUAAACCGCCCAUUGUUCCACGGAUCGAGCAUGAAUUGGAUACCAGCAAUUUCUCGGACGAGUUUACAAAAAUGCCCGUUACCGAGACCCCGCCGAUCAUUGAGGAUAAUAACAUUGAUAGGCAUUUCAGCGGUUAUUCGUACGUGGCGCCUUCCAUAUUAUUUAGCGACAACGUGCUGAGCAGAGACAUUUUCGGCGACAAGAAGCAGCCCUCGCUGCCCGAUCUGUACGCCGUGCGUUUCGAAGAAUCCACGUUCUUCCAGACGUAUGAAUUAGACCAAGGAGCGCCGGCUUUGGGCGACGGCAGCUUCUCGAUUUGCCUACGAUGCCGACAUCGCAGUACCCGGCAGGAGUAUGCCGUGAAGAUUAUCAGCAGGAAAGUGGACUGCAACCGCGAAGAGAACUUGCUGCGCGCUUGCCAGCGUCACGCGAACGUGGUAAAGCUGAUAGAAGUUCAUCACGAUCGGCUUCACACGUAUAUCGUAAUGGAAUUGCUCACGGGCGGAGAAUUGUCGCAACGAGAGCGACCGUUUUCGGAGUUGCAAACGAAGCGAAUAAUGCGGCAACUAGCGUCCGCGGUGCGAUAUAUGCACGAAAGCGGCAUAGUACAUCGCGAUCUGAAGCCGGAGAACAUCGUUUUUGCAAAUAGGAGCGAGGAUUCGCCGGUGAAAGUAGUAGAUUUUGGUUUCGCCCGGACGAAGAACAACUGCGAGCUGUUGCGCACGCCCUGUUGUACGCUUCCGUACGCUGCUCCGGAGAUCAUAGCCAAGCAGGGAUACGACGAGAGUUGCGACAUGUGGUCCUUGGGCACUAUUCUCUAUUUCAUGUUGUCCCGCGAUCCACCCUUCCGAGCAAAUUCAUCUCACAUGGCGAAUCGCAUCAGAACUGGCGAGAUCGAUUUCGACAGCGAGGCUUGGAAUCAUGUGUCCGCCGCGGCAGUGCAAGUUCUGAAGGGUCUGUUGACAGUUGAACCAAAGAACAGGCUGACCGCGAGAAAUCUGAGAUAUCAUUCGUGGAUAACGACGAUCAACGAUGCGACGCUUCCCCCGGCAACGCCUAUCGUGGAUGUAAAUUACGUAGAUUACGCUGUGGCCGGCACCUCGACGUCGAGCUCGACGGAGCGCGAGGGCUUCCGAUUGCGUGAAGUUGGUGAUGCCAAGCUGGCUCAACGUCGCAAGCAUAAAUGUUCCACUUCUAGCUCCUCGUCACGACCGUCCUCUUCUUCUUCGAGUCCCAUGUCAUCGAUUCAGUUGCGUCCACCGAGCAUGGCGAAUACCGCGAACAACACUUCCACUUCGUCACCGAGCGUCUUCGAUUUCAGCGAGGAAGCAAUUAACGAGUACCUGACUUCUUCUUCCUCCGAUAAUUCUAAUUCUCCAACAUACUCGUUUUUGCAAAAGCGAGCGAUAAAGUAUGUCAAGCACAAUCUCGAGUUGUCGGGUCGAGAAACGAAGUAUCGACAUCGACGCGACGUUGAUAGUGAGAAUAGUAGCUGCAGUAGUAAUGGACCAAUGACACGAUCGCGAAAACGCAAACUAGUAGAACAAAUAAGCACAAGCAGAGAUGCCAGUUCCGAUAUUUCUGAAUCGUACGAGUCAGAAUGCGCCCCCUCGCAGAUUGCGCGAGACGAAACGAGCGUCCACAGGAGGCAUAAGGCCAGCAAGCGGUCCAAACGCCUUCCCACGAUUAUAGUCGAAUAGUUUUCCUCUAUUUAUGCUCGGUCCAAUAAGUUUUUAUCGUUUCCUAUGCAUUUUACACAAUAUGUAACACGUUUGCCUUCGGCGUUCGUACAAGACGCAAACAUCGCAUCAUUCCUAUUCUCAUAAGAAUUUUAGAAAAUAUCAUAUGCAUACAUAAAAUUAACUAUACAUAACUACAUGCCAUCUCCUAUUAUCUCUAGAUCUACAUUUAUCUAUGUAAAUGAUGAUUACAUAAGCGCAUUUUUUUGUGCUGUUAAUAUAUCUGAUACAUAAGAAAGAUGUAAAACAAUACUGUAUUAUUAAGGUCAGGGUCUCGGUGAAGUAUCGAUGUUUCUCCGUGAGAGUUUACUCAAAAUAUGUACAAAAUUUUAUUUUUAAUACUGCUAUCAAGAGAGAAGUAAGAUGGUGAGGAUUUUAUUAUGUUAAAUGGGAUUGUCUGUGAUUAUAAUGCGAGAUCGAUAUAUUAAGUUAUUAUAGCUUAUACGAUAAGUUAUUUUAACUUAUUACACGCUCCCGUUAAAAUUUUCUUCUGCCGUCACUUCUUGCAAUUUAUAAUCUUAACGAAAUCAGGAUAACGAUCGACGAGCCAAUAUGAAGAAAAUUUUAGCGAAUACUUAUGAUGACUGUAUAUGUGGUGAAUGUGCCUAAGAAAACUCAUUUAGCUAUGAGUACAUUAAAUUAAUGUACUAGAGAUUAGUGACGCAUGAUAUAAUGUGCAAAUAAUAUAAGCAUCUGUUAUCUUCACCAGUGGUAGCUUAUUGAAGAAAAGAAAGAAAAAGCUAAAAAAAAAUAGAUUUGCUUAAAAGAGAAUGAUACAUUGUAUUUUUCUCUUUUACAAAUAACGCAAUUGAAAAUGAUGACGAUUUAUACGAUUUUUAAGACAAUUCUAUUUAAUAAUUAUUUUAAAUCUAGGAUUAUUAAAUAUAGAGAUCGGAAAAAAAAAACUAAAUUAUAUAACAUAAAAAAAACGGUAGGACGGAUGGGCGGAAUUUUGGGGAAAUAACAGAUGUUUCUUUGUAUCGAUAUAAUCAAACUGCUGCGAGAAAGUGAAUUAAAUUUGAUUAAGUAAGUUAUUCUAGAUUUUAUUAACUAUAUUAUUAGAUUUAAUUAAGUAUAGUUAAAUUUAUUAUUUUGAUCUAGUUAGCAUUGAAAUAUUUGAUCGAAUACCUUUCUCGCAAUUUGAUUUAUAUAUGUGAGGGUUAUGAAAAUUGAUUUAUUAAAACUCUUUCCGCUUUGCCGUUUAUGUUAUAUUUUCGAAAAUGUAGAAUGUUAAAAAUGGUAAAGAAGGGUAUUUUUUCCUCCGCACACACAUUUCUCCAUCAAAAAGCACUGAUUGUGAGAGGAAAUCUAUUUGUAAUAUCUGUACCCUAACAACACACAUGUUCAAAAGAUGACUAGAGGACAUCCACAGGAUGUUUUAUAUCCUCCGCAUGACCUCUAGACGUCUUUUGAACAUACGUAUUGUUAGGGUAUAUAAAGUGAUUUAUAUUUUUUAUUUUAAAUUUUGAUUUUAUAUUACAUUACUGUAAUUAUACAGGAUGUCUAUAAAGUCUGUCCUCCUAUAUUUCAGAAACGGUUCAAAAUUAUGAAAAACAUAAAUUGAAAUUUUUGAGGUGGGGUCUCUCUGGGGCACCUCCUUGAGGAGACAACUCCCCCAACCCCCUUAAGAGCUUCUCGAAAUGAUCGAUGAAAAAUGUAAAUCGGAUACGUAUUUCGCGGUUUCUCAUAAUUUUGAACCGUUUCCAAAAUAUACAGAUUUUGGUUGCAUUUCGAUAUUCACUGCCAGUACAGAAAAUCUAUAGUGUACGUAACGUAAACUAUAGAUUUUCAGUACCGGCAGUGAAUAUUGGAACGCAGUCUUUAUAGACACUAUAGUGAGACGGCCGUCUCACUUGAUGUGUGCUAAUUGCUAUAAGAAAUGAAAUAACAAAAUGGCAAAGACUGAAAUGCGGUUGUACAUCAACUCAGGGAACAGACGCGUGUUAAUUGGAUAAGGUCUUAUGUUAUCUUGUAUUGAAAUAAUGUUAUGUGAAAAAUAGCAUGCACACAUGCUUCUACCAAAGAUGACUGAAGCAACACUGCUCUUUAUAAGACCAAAAACAAAAAAAGUAUGAUAUGUAGCGGCGAGAAAUUAUGUAUAUAUAGGUGAGAGAUAUUAUCGAAAAUUUUUUAUCAUUUAGUAGUUAUUAUGUAAAAAUAUUUAAGACAAGAAAAGUGCGCAGAUGUAACAGAUUAUAUCUAUAUAUUUCAGAGAAAGCAUUUCGCGUGCUAUAGAGAAUCAUAUUCUUUAAAAAAAAGGAUAUAUAUACAUAUAUAUUUCUAUGUAGAUUCAUAUACAUAAAAGUCAUUACAUUUCAUAAGUUAUAUAAGUUGUUUGAAACAGAACAAAUCGAUUUUUUCUAGUGAUAUAUUACUUGUUAUGUUAGGAUGCUCCUUCGAAGUUUGUAGGUGACAAAUAAGAAUCUAAAUAAAUUAUAUGUAGAAAGUUAUAUACAGGCUGAAGAGCUUGUAUCUUGCGAGAAUAUUGUUCUGUUGCUGUAAGUACG